GAGGAGAGACGAGGGCAGCGGAGGAGGCGAGGAGCGCCGGGUACCGGGCCGGGGGAGCCGCGGGCUCUCGGGGAAGAGACGGAUGAUGAACAAGCUUUACAUCGGGAACCUGAGCCCCGCCGUCACCGCCGACGACCUCCGGCAGCUCUUCGGGGACAGGAAGCUGCCCCUGGCGGGACAGGUCCUGCUCAAGUCCGGCUACGCCUUCGUGGACUACCCCGACCAGAACUGGGCCAUCCGCGCCAUCGAGACCCUCUCGGGUAAAGUGGAAUUGCAUGGGAAAAUCAUGGAAGUUGAUUACUCAGUCUCUAAAAAGCUCAGGAGCAGAAAAAUUCAGAUCCGAAACAUCCCUCCUCACCUGCAGUGGGAGGUGCUGGAUGGACUUUUGGCUCAGUAUGGGACAGUGGAGAAUGUAGAACAAGUCAACACAGACACAGAAACUGCCGUUGUCAACGUCACAUAUACAACAAGAGAAGAAGCAAAAAUAGCCAUCGAGAAGCUAAGCGGGCAUCAGUUUGAGAACUACUCCUUCAAGAUUUCCUACAUCCCGGAUGAAGAGGUGAGCUCCCCUUCGCCCCCUCAGCGAGCGCAGCGUGGGGACCACUCUUCCCGGGAGCAAGGCCACGCCCCUGGGGGCUCUUCUCAGGCCAGACAGAUUGAUUUCCCGCUGCGGAUCCUGGUCCCCACCCAGUUUGUUGGUGCCAUCAUCGGAAAGGAGGGCUUGACCAUAAAGAACAUCACUAAGCAGACCCAGUCCCGGGUAGACAUCCAUAGAAAAGAGAACUCUGGGGCUGCAGAGAAGCCCGUCACCAUCCAUGCCACCCCAGAAGGGACCUCUGAAGCAUGCCGCAUGAUUCUUGAAAUCAUGCAGAAAGAAGCUGAUGAGACCAAACUAGCUGAAGAGAUUCCUCUGAAAAUCUUGGCCCACAAUGGCUUAGUUGGAAGACUGAUUGGAAAAGAAGGCAGAAAUUUGAAGAAAAUUGAACAUGAGACGGGGACCAAGAUAACAAUCUCAUCCUUGCAGGACUUGAGCAUAUACAACCCUGAAAGAACCAUCACUGUGAAGGGCACAGUCGAGGCCUGUGCCAAUGCAGAGGUAGAGAUUAUGAAGAAGCUCCGUGAGGCCUUUGAAAAUGAUAUGCUGGCUGUUAAUCAACAAGCCAAUCUGAUCCCGGGGUUGAACCUCAGCGCACUUGGCAUCUUUUCAACAGGACUGUCCGUGCUGCCUCCACCAGCAGGGCCCCGAGGAGCUCCCCCCGCUCCCCCUUACCACCCUUUCGCUACCCACUCCGGAUACUUCUCCAGCUUGUACCCCCCUCACCAGUUCGGCCCGUUCCCGCAUCACCACUCCUAUCCAGAGCAGGAGAUUGUGAAUCUCUUCAUCCCAACCCAGGCUGUAGGUGCCAUCAUCGGGAAGAAGGGGGCACACAUCAAACAGCUGGCCAGAUUCGCUGGGGCCUCCAUCAAGAUUGCCCCGGCGGAAGGCCCAGACGUCAGCGAAAGAAUGGUCAUCAUCACCGGCCCACCUGAAGCCCAGUUCAAGGCCCAGGGGCGGAUCUUUGGGAAACUGAAAGAAGAAAACUUCUUUAACCCCAAAGAAGAGGUGAAGCUGGAAGCCCACAUCAGAGUGCCCUCUUCUACGGCUGGCCGGGUGAUUGGCAAGGGCGGCAAAACCGUGAAUGAACUGCAGAACUUAACCAGUGCAGAAGUCAUCGUGCCUCGUGACCAAACACCAGAUGAAAAUGAGGAAGUGAUCGUCAGAAUUAUCGGGCAUUUCUUUGCUAGCCAGACUGCACAGCGCAAGAUCAGGGAAAUUGUACAACAGGUGAAGCAGCAGGAGCAGAAAUACCCUCAGGGAGUCGCCUCACAGCGCGGCAAGUGAGGCUCCCACAGGCACCAGCAAAACAACGGAUGAAUGUAGCCCUUCCAACACCUGACAGAAUGAGACCAAACACAGCCAGCCAGCUCGGGAGCAAACCAAAGACCAUCCUGAGGAAUGAGAAGUCUGCGGAGGCGCCGGGGACUCUGCAGAGGCCCUGAGAAUCCCAGGGGCCAGGAGGGAGGGGGGGAGGAGGUCAGCCCGGGGGCCCUGCCCGGCCUCCUGCCUCCCCCAGGGCCUCUGCAGGCUUCCCAGCCAUCCACUGCACCAUCCACUCGGAUCUCUCCUUAACUCCCACCACGCUAUCCCUUUUAGUUGAACUAACAUAGGUGAACAUGUUCAAAGCAAAGCAAAAUUCACACCCAUUUCUUUUUGUGGAAAUUGUCUCUGUACAUGUGUGUACAUAUUAGAAGGGAAAAGAUGUUUAAGAUAUGUGGCCUGUGGGUUACACAGGGUGCCUGCAGCGUUAAUAUAUUUUAGAAAUAAUAUAUCAAAUAACUCAACUAACUCCAAGUUUUAAUCAAUUAUUAAUUUUUUUUUUCUUUUUAAAGAGAAAGCAGGCUUUUCUAGACUUUAAAGAAUAAAGUCGUUCUUUGGGAGGUCUAAUGGUUUAGUAAAGGAGCUUCGAGACCACCCACACAAAAUUCACCCGAGGGAAAUCUCGAAAGGACACUCACAGCAGUUCUGGAUCACCUGUGUAUGUCAACAGAAGGGAUACCGUCUCUCUGAAGAGGAAACUCUGUCUCUCUUCAUCCCUGUCUAGCUCACACACCCAUUUCUCUUUGCUUCACAGGUUUUAAACUGGUUUUUUGCAUACUGCUAUAUAAUUCUCUGUCUCUCUCUGUUUAUCUCUCCCCUACCUUCUCUCCCUCCCCUCCUUCUCCAUCCCCAUUCUUUUUAAUUCCCUCAUCCCUCUGUCUCAAUUCCCAGUAUCUACGCACCCCCCAGGCAAAGCAGUGCUCUGAGUAUCACAUCACACAAAAGGAACAAAAGCGAAACACACAAACCAGCCUCAACUUACACUUGGUUACUCAAAAGAACAAGAGUCAAUGGUACUUGUCCUAGCAUUUUGGAAGAAGAAAACAGGAACCCAUCAAACCAACCAACCAAACAAAGAAAAAUUCCACAAAGAAAGAAUGUAUUUUGUCUUUUUACAUUUUGGUGUAUAAGCCAUCCAUAUUCAGCGAAAUGAUUUCUUUCUUUUAAAAAAAAAAAAAUGUGGAGGAAAAUAGCAA